AUGGCGCAGGUCAUCACUAUGCAGGCCCAGGCCAUGACUGCCCAGGUCAAUCGGCAGAAUGUUGAGAGAGAGAACCCACCAGUGCGUAGCAUGGCUGACAGACUACGAGACUUCACGAGGAUGAAUCCUCCUAUCUUUAUAGGGUCCAAAAUUUCAGAGGAUCCCCAGGAGUUUGUGGACGAGGUCAACAAGAUUUUGGUGGCCAUGGCAGCCACUAAUACUGAGAAGGUAGAAGACAGACUGAAGAGGAGGGGCGUUCGUGAUGCUAGGAGGCCUAAGCCUUCUGAUCAAGCAGGUCCUACCAAUGGAGGAAACAAGAACAACUUCAGUGUUCGUGAACAGCCCAGAAAGGACUGUGCUAAGUGUGGCCGUGCUCACAGCGGAGAGUGCAGACAGGGCCCUAAUGCCUGUUUCGGAUGCGGUAAGAGUGGACACAUGGUCAGGGACUUCCCACAGAACAGGGGUCAGGCUGGAGAUGUGGAUGAUUUGCGGACUAAGAUUGUUGCAGAGGCUCAUGGUUCCAGAUAUUCCAUACAUCCAGGUUCCACCAAUAUGUAUAAUGAUCUUAAGAAGAUCUAUUGGUGGGAUGGCAUGAAGAAAGAUAUUGCUAAGUAUGUGGCUGAGUGUCCUAAUUGUCAAUAG